AUGUUCAAAAAUCAGUAUCAGGGUGGCCCAUUUGUGGAAAUAUUCAGUGCUCAAGGCAAGAACCCAGGAGCAAAAUGGAAGAUUUUUGGCAAUCCAUCAGCUAUAUGGAAAGAAUAUGAUAAAGAAGUAAAAGGCUUUGUUUUUGUACUUGAAGGAAGCAGUCAAAUCAACAAAAUGCAGCUACCAAAGGAAACUAGACAAACUUUGGGACUGAUCCAGCGAUUUCUGACACUUCAGAUUUUUGUGCCAUUGGGACGAGACUUCUCCACUGAGUUACUGAUAACUGAUUUAGGAAAUAUUAAAAGAAGAUUGUAUUUAUCAACAGUCCACAAGGAGUUGUAUGUAACCCCUCUACAUGCAAAAAUUCCUUUGUUUACAAUCAAGCGCAAAAUAUGGUGCAAUAUGUGUAUUGACUUGGUAGCAUUCACCAGUGAAAUAUUCAGAGGAGCUGUCUUCCAGUCUUUGGAUGGAAUUAGUAUUUCAGCUAACUGUAAACUGAGAAAGAUCUUCACUUUAAAAUCCAAGCCUCAAGAUACAGCUGAGGAAGAUGAUAUGUGUGUCGUUCCCUUUAUGCCAUAUGAGCCCACAGAUGUUAUUCCUCGAACCUGCCAGCUAAAUACAGAUGUGCCACAAGUUACACAAUUGCUGAACCUGACUAAAAUUCACAAGCCAGAAAUAAAAUGCAGGAGAUAUCCAGUAACAGUGCAAGAAACAGGCAGUUUGGUUAAUAGAGGACAAGGCAAUGUACACAGCAGUAAAACUCAGGAUGUAUCACAUAUUGCAUUUGGAUCAAAGAUCCUUGGGCCACCUCCAUCUUCAAACAGAAGAAUCAGUACAAGGGUAUCUGGAGAGGUAACAAAGACCUGGGGUAGCAAAAGUAAUAGGUCAUGCCGACUUCAAAGUUCAGGAAAGAGAACUGAAUCCGUACAAGACCCUGAGAGAUUGGAGCAAUCAUUCUCACCAUGCAGUGAUUCUUUAGAUCAAGGAGGCAAAAGAAAUACUCAUCAAAUAACUAAAGAUGUAUGUCAAAAUGACCCUGCAAUUCAGACUCUGAAAAACUCUGAGAGUGGAAGAGCAGAUUUUCAGCUCACAUCACCACAAGGACCAUCAGCAGACAAGAAUGGUCAUGCAGCCAAAAACACAUGGGAGAUAACCAGUGAUGAAUGGGUGUUUCCAGAAAGUUUCACUGAGAGUAGUCAAUUGGAUAGGAGCGAGCAGUUCGUAGCUACUGAAGAUUCAGCCUGCCAUAAUUUAACCUCACCACAGAAUGCCUCUGUUGAACAUCACAGCAAUGAAACAGGUGAUCACCAAGUGAAUAAUAAACAGAUUUUCACAUUUUCAUCAAGACCUCAAUCAGCUCCUCGUGGAAAGUCUCCAAAUAUGUCACCAGAUUGUUGCAUUUUCCCUUUGGAUUUGAAGCAAGACAGUAACAGAGUGCAUGGGAAAACCCAAAUUGAAGAUAACUUUCAAGGAACUGACAGCAGUGAAGAGGAUGGCAACAAUGAAUUCAUCCAGAGAACUGGGAACCUUGAGAUCAGCCACAGCAGGCCAGGAACAUCUGACUCAGCAGAUUUUAAAGAGAUCCCAUUAAAGAGGAUGUCAUGGAGAAACGAGUACUGGAAGAAUAAGGGACACAGCAAACAUAACCUUGAAGAGACCUUCUUAUCAAAACCACAGAGUUCCACUGUGAGAAAAACAGAUUCCAUUAGCUCUCAGAAAAGCCUAAAGCCUACCCUUUCUCUUUCUCCAACUGGAAGUAAAUCUGAAUUCUUUAAAGUCAUUCCGAAUGGAUCUGAAAAAACUGAAAAAUAUGAAGGAGUUUCUGGUCAAUUCAAAAGAUCAAUCAGUAAAAAGUCUCUCAAGAAAAUCUCAAGAGAAAAUCCAUGUCUAACAACACCGACUUGUGAGUAUGACUGGAAAAAUUACCGGUCAAAUAAACUGAGUUCAUCUGAACUACAGAUGCUGGCUAGCAUGAAGAGACAACAAAAUGAAGAAUUAAGGGAUACUGGAAUCUCACAUGGGCUGAGCGCAUCGCAGAUAGACAACUGCAAUGUUAGCAUAAGUACAAGCAGUGAUGAUACAGCAACCUGGAACUCUGGUUUCCCACCACCCGUCAGUCAGGAGCAUCACUAUCAGAAAGAAAUGAGCCCACUUUCUCAUUCCAACCCACGGGACUGGUUGAACGUGUUCAGUCCCCCCAUCAUUCCUGGUAGCCAACAACUGGAAGAGCAUGCUAAAUCUUCAACAAAUCAGAGUAUUCCAGGUGAAGAUGACCUCAAUGCUGAAGAUGAUGAGGAGGUUUUGACACUUUUGUAUGAUCCAUGUCUGAACUGUUACUUUGAUCCAAAUUCUGGGAAGUACUAUGAAUUGGCAUAG